AUACAGUGAAAACGGUCCCUAAAUCUAGGUAAAUUUGAGUCUAAUCUUUUUAAGUUGCUAAUGGAGUUGGCAACAUCUUGAAAUUAGUCACGAGAAUUUUGUAAACAUGGCGAGCUCCGUCUCUAAAUUAACUUUUCAGUUAAUUGCUCUUUUAUUUUGUUCUGGUGUCCUAGCAGUUGAAGAAUUAGUCAUUACUCAUGCUCCAGAUUCAGUGAAAUUUCUGUCUAAUGAUCCUGUGCGGUCAAGCUUUCUAGGCGAUAUUUUUUCAUCUAUGCUUGGCUAUACCAUCCGAAGUAAUAUUGACUGGAAUGGAUUAGCUGAAGUUUCACCAUGGAAAAAACCUGAAGCAAUUGUCAUCAUUGAACUUACUGGCUUCAGCAACAAAGUUGAUCUUCCUCUUGAAGGAAACAAGUUUUUGUUAGAAAAUGUUGGAGAUCUUAGUUUUCAAUUUGACCUAGCUGCUCAUCGAACUAAUGAAAGAUAUUUUGGAAAACGUCCUGUAAUGUUAAACAUGGAUUUAGGAAAUGAGAUUCACGAUUCCAAAAUAGCUCAGCCAGUCUUGCUUAAGAAUAUUCCUGCUGAUCCUUCUCAGAGACUUAAGUUAGCCCUGGAAAAUCCUGAGUUAGGAGAGUUAAUGAAGGAGUCCAUUUUUAAUGCAAGUUCACCCAGUGAUACAAAACUUCUUACAGAAUUAGCUACACUUAAAGAAUUCAUGAAGGCUUUGUCUGCACAAAAAUCAGAAAUUCAAGAUGGAACUCCAGAUAUUUAUUGGCUAAAAGUGACUGGUUUGGAGUCUAUAUUGGCUGUUUAUGGAACUGGAUCAGUUCAGUUUGCUGAAGCUAUGAGAUUAAUUAGACAAAUGAUUUCUGAGGUGGAGAGAAAUAUGCGUAAUAUCUACAGUGAUAAUGUUGUGGUUGCAGUGAUAAAAUCAGAUAGCAUUCCAUUGUCCUUAUCAGGUCACCAAGGCAGAAAACUUUUGGAAGUUACUACUGAGAAACCUCCAGUUGUAAACCAAUACAACAGAGCCGAGGCAGCUGAUGAAAUGUAUCCUGUGGUUUUCAUCAUGUUCCUUUUUAUUGGCCUGCUUCUAACUCUCUCGAUCCUCGGAAUCAGUGUGGCUCUUUGGAACAUGGAUCCUGGUCGUGAUUCGCUGAUAUACAGGAUGACGAGUCAGCGAAUGAAGAGAGAUUAAACAUAAGAACAAUUUUCAAAUUAAUUAACUAGAAUUGUAAUUAGUGUUCCGAUUUAUACUCAUAGAUUCUGCCAUUUGGCGUUUUUCAGAUGAUCUGAAGUUUUGCAAAGGUUGUGUUGAUUCUAAAAUUACAAAAUUGAUGUUAGAUGAUCAUUGGAACGUUUUUAAGUCAGGGAAAGCUUGUUAUACUCUAGAAAAACAUUUAUUCAAGGUUUAAUUUGUUUAUUUCAUGAAACAUUGUGUUUAGGAAAUUGUAUCUUAAAUAAUUUCAAAAUUUACUCUGCCAUUCAUUAUAAAUUUUCAUUAUUGUUCUUUAACUUAGCUACAGAACAAUUCUAGUCUUGUUAUUUAUUAUUAUGUUAGUAUGCGUGAUAUUAGUAUAAUUCAUUAUAAAGAUGUGCUUGGUAGUUUCAGUAAUUAUAUUGUAAAUCCUCAAACGUAGUUUUGCCUCUUUUUUUUAUGAAAUAAUUUGUAUUCAUGCAGUUAAAUGUGACUUCUGUCUUUGCAGUAUUUAAUAGUAAUUAUAAAAUUUAUUAAUUUAAUGUUUGAUUGUUGUUCAUAACUAGAAUGCUAUCCAGUUGUUUAAAUGGUAUCUAUGCAUUCCAAAGUCAUCAUUGUAUUAGAAUUUAUUCAUUCAUUAAGAAAUUGCCACAAUGUUAUUCUGUAUUUUUUGUAUGUAAAUAUUUGAACUGUGGUUAUUUAUUGUCUGUUUUAUAAUCAAGAGAAUAAAGUCAAACAAUUAAGAAA